AGCCCAACUGAGAUCAGAACAAGCAGAACCACAACUGAUCCCACAUCAGCCAUGGACCGAGCCAUCCUCCUGCUGUCAGUCAUGUGUCUGGGCGUCUCCUCUCAGCCAAUCGCAGACAGCCAGCGGCUGUUCUCCAUCGCCGUCAGCAGAGUCCAGCACCUCCACCUGCUCGCUCAGAGGUUCUUCUCUGAAUUCGAGAGUUCCCUGCAGACGGAGGAGCAGCGGCAACUCAACAAGAUCUUCCUGCAGGAUUUCUGCAACUCGGACUACAUCAACAGCCCCAUCGACAAGCAUGAGACACAACGCAGCUCCGUGCUGAAGUUGUUGUCGAUCUCCUACCGCCUGGUGGAGUCCUGGGAGUUUCCCAGCCGAUCUCUGUCUGGUUCCGGUCCGAGGACCCAGAUCUCACCCAAACUGACGGAACUGAAGACGGGAAUCAUGCUGCUGAUCAAGGCCAAUCAGGACGUACCAGAGAUCUUUACUGACACCUCGGCCCUCCAGUUGGCGCCUUACGGAAAUUAUUACCAGAGUCUGGAAGCUGACGAGUCGCUGCGGAGAACCUACGAACUGCUGGCGUGCUUCAAAAAGGACAUGCACAAGGUGGAGACUUACCUGACCGUGGCAAAGUGUCGACUCUCUCCAGAGGCAAACUGCACCCUGUAGCCACGCCCUCCCGGAUUAAGCCCCGCCCCUUCUAGUAGCAUAGAUUCUGCUUGGUGUUGUGUUGUUCCAGCUGAAAUUCUGACGUCGCUGUGAUGGAAGCCGCCAACAGGAAGUGAUGUCACAGCAGUCGUAAUAUGUAAAAUAAAGUGUUGUCUGUGUUG